ACUGGGGAGGUCGAAUCUUAACGGGACAUUCAGCUGAAGGUGUAACAGAAAUACUGUUUUAUAGAGUUUGAAAGGCUAAAUCAGAUUAGAUAACGUGUGGGAGACUGUUUAUCGGCGGCAAUGGAAACGCUGUCCUAAGUAACUCCGAGUUGCGAGCACUUGAAGAACCUGACUUGGUUUAGCAACUUGAAAGAUGGUGCACGAGACCUUCAUGAAUCGGGCGCGUUUGUUCGUGGUUGUUUUCACACUGCUUGCAAUCGUUGUGGCAACUGGAAUAUUUUUUUCAAAGCAUGAAGAACCUGCCUGCCCUAAUCCAAACAGAUGUGUGGAGCUCACUGGUGCAGAGUUGAGCAACUUCUUCCAAGUUCCUAACUCCACAGCCUCAAUAUUUCUUGCAGCGAUCAACUCAACGGGAACAGGAAACAAAAAGGGGACCCUGCUGUGGGAGGAGGAAAACGUCUACCCGAAUAAUAUGCACCUAGAUAAGGGGCGCACCAAGAUUGUGGUGGAGAAGAGGGGUUUCUACCUGGUCUUUGUGCAAGCCACCUUCAAGGUGCCAAGUCAGCACAGGGAAAGCCUCAUGCUGAGGGUAGACGUGCAGCACCCCGAGCACCCCGAGCACCCCGAUCAGUUCUCCGCUAGCUUUCUAACACACUGUGGCAGUGGGGAAAGUGAUGUGAUCCUUAACAAGCCCAUUUUGUUGUGGUUGGAACCUAGAAAUAACUUGACUGUUGUGACCUCUCCUCCGAAGCUGGUGGACUACGGGAGACGCCCAACUUCAACGUUCUUAACUGUCGUUAAAUACUCAGAUGGCACAGAUGACCCAUGCACACAAGAAUGCCUUCCAUAGAUGCCAGAUUGCCAAAUUUUCUCAAUGACUAACAGAGGAAUGUCUGUUAAUAACUCCAGCUAUCCAAAUACUCUUGAAAAAAACUUUAGGAACUUUAGGUUGCGGAAAGUUGUGGCUGUGCUCUCCUGAUUUUGUUGAGUUUUCACAAAUUUUUAAAGCAAUUUACUGAGAAAACGAGAAUGUUGGUUCUGGACAAGCUCAAAUUAAAAAGAAUGGGUGGUAAAAAAAAACCUGCUACCCCUUUGUCAUUCACCAAUAUACAGUACCUUACUGUGAUGCUGCAUAAAAGUUGUGAUGCUUGUCAAAACUACAAAUAUCAAUCUGAAAUGAACUCAUAGUGCAAAUAUUCGCUCCUAUAUUCAUCUGCAUCCACUAAAAUGACUUUCAUCUAGUGAUGUGUAUAGGGUGCAGACUCUUCAUCAUGAAACUCAUUUUAUUUUAUUUUAAUUUAUUUACAAAUGUAAUGUGGUCUGAAAUUAUGUUUUUUGACGUAGUAAAAUAUGAGUGUAUUUAUGACAAAAAAAUGUAUGUUUUUGGUUAAAAUUAUUGGGGAGCUAAGUGUAAUGAAAAGACCGACAGUUUAAGAAUGUUUGAGGAUUUAGCUUUGUCCUGGCCUUGUGAGCAAUGAUUCCCUUUCCCAAUUUAUUUUUUUGUCUGGUAGGGUGAUAUACACCUCAUGUCACAAUGUACCUUUGUACAUAAAGAUAUUUUUGAAA